AUGAGGAGGCUGCUGCUUUGGGUUGGGUUGGUUCUUGGACUGGCACACCACAACGAUGCUGCUCACAAACUAGUGUGUUAUUUCACCAACUGGGCAUACAGUCGACCAAACACUGCCUCAAUCCUGCCCCAGGACCUGGACCCCUUUCUCUGCACCCACCUGAUAUUUGCAUUUGCUUCAAUGAAAGACAACCAGAUUAUUGCAAAAAAUGCCCAGGAUGAGAAUAUUUUCUACCCAGAGUUCAACAAGCUUAAGGAGAGGAACAGGAAGCUGAAAACACUGCUCUCAGUUGGGGGAUGGGACUUUGGCACACCAAGGUUCACCGCUAUGUUGUCCACCUCCCUUCGCCGGGAAAAGUUUAUUGAUUCCGUUAUAUCCCUCCUGAGGACAUAUAACUUUGAUGGUCUCGACCUAUUCUUCUUGUACCCUGGACUAAGAGGCAGCCCCAUACAUGACCGGUGGAAUUUUCUCUUCUUAAUUGAAGAGCUCAUGUUUGCCUUCAAAAAGGAGGCGAUCAACAACUUUCACCCAAAGUUGCUGCUCUCUGCUGCUGUCUCUGGAGUCCCACACAUCAUUCAAACAUCUUAUGAUGUUCGCCUUCUAGGAAGAUGCCUGGAUUUCAUCAGCAUCUUGUCUUAUGACUUCCAUGGGCCCUGGGAAAAGUUCACAGGACACAAUAGCCCCCUGUUCUCUUGGCCUGGAGACUCCAAAUCAUCGGCAUAUGCCAUGAAUUACUGGCGAAAGCUUGGGGCACCCUCAGAGAAACUCAUCAUGGGGUUACCCACCUAUGGACGCACAUAUUGUCUCCUCAAAACCUCUGAAACUUGGCUGGGGGCCAUGGCCACAGGACCAGCACCUCCAGGGAAGUACACCAAGCAAUCUGGCUUCUUGGCUUAUUUUGAGAUUUGCAACUUUGUUCAGAGAGCGAAGAAACGCUGGAUUGACAAUCAGUUUGUCCCAUAUGCCUACCAGGGGAAGAAGUGGAUUGGCUAUGAUGAUGCUUCCAGUUUCAGUUACAAAGCACUGUUCAUAAAAAGAGAGCAUUUUGGGGGGGCCAUGGUAUGGACACUGGACCUGGAUGAUGUCAAGGGCACUUUCUGUGGCAACGGCCCUUUCCCCCUUGUUCAUAUCCUGAAGAAUCUCUUGAUGAAGAACAAGUUCAGCUCAACUCCUUCAUCACGAUUUUUUUUUCCCCCCUCAGGAGAAGAGAUAGAGGCCACUGACAGCCAGAGAAAGUAUGAAUCUAUGAUUACAAAUGCGACUGUGAUCACAAGAAGGGAAGUGAUGAUGCUUGGGAAGUGCAAUGUAACUCUGACUAAGAAGACCCUGACCCCUGUGGUUCAUCUGGCUGUCAUCCCUGGAGAGAUGGCCUUGUCCCCUAAGCAUCACCUGACUGUGAGUCCUGAAAGGACAAUUAUGACACCCGCAAAUUUUCAGACUGAGACCUCCGGAGAGAUGGCUGUAACAUCUACAAGGAAGUCUAUAGAUUCUGAAAGGGCUACUGUCCCCUUGGGAAGAAUGGCAGUCACCUCUGAUGAGCAGACUAAGAUUCUAAGAGGGGAGAAUUUGACUUCUAAAACGGAAGCUGAAGACAUCAUACUGUCCUCUGGUUCUGUCAUACAGCUCCCAGGAAACUUUCUCCUUGCUUUUGACAGUCUCUUUGUUUCCAUUCAUAGAAAUGAUUCCUUUGUCAACUCAAUGACCCUUCCAGCAAUUCUUCUCUUUCUAAAAAAGGAAAAUCCAUCAAAAAUCCUUGCUGCAAACCAAGGAUCUUAA